AUGCCACUUCUAAUUACUUUAAACUAUGGGUGUUUGUUUGCUUUUUUAAAAGAGAACAAAAGUGGAUAUGUUAUUGCCCUGGGAAACUUAAGAUCUUUGUUGAAACAGCACAGCAGCCCAGCCCCCAUAUUCAGUCGGGACCAACCAGUUAAAAGGAAAAACUUCCCCCAGGAAACUCACAGUGGUUUGGUGGGGGAAGGGUGGGAGGAGAGGAAGGUAGUGCCUAGAGGACCAGAUCUUUGCUCACGUGCAUCUAAACAUUCUGUGGAUUUUCUAGUAUUUUUUGGAAAACUAACACUAGCCAUAGGUUGCUGA